AUGGCUGGGGAUGGCGUGCCCUCACGUGGACCCGCGCCAUCGCGGGUACCACGCAGUUGGUUUGGCCGCUGCUGCCGGCGCAGUUCCAAAGUCAAGUUGCCAGAGACGCCCCUCAUACUUGCUGGUGCUGUUGGUGGCCCCUUUGGCAUUUUCUUGCUGACUCCACUCCGAAAUGCCUUGACGUUGGCAAGCCAGUAUCCAGAUGGUGCCGCCCUGGACUUGUACGAAAGCGUCUUUGCUGGUGGCUUCGCGAAGGGCUGGACAGGAGGAUGGGCAUGCGUGCCUCCGAGUUGCCCGCAGUUCAUCGUGAUGGGGCCGCUUUUCCAUUUCCUGAAGGAUCUGCUUCACUCGGCUCCUCUUGCGGUUGUGUGCAGCUCCUUUGCCGAAAGCACCAUUUCAUACCCAUCCCAGACCAUAAAUGCACAGAUGGCUUACAAUGCUGAUCAAGAGUUGGUUGGCGGCGCACAGGUGCCACUUUGGAGCCAAUUCUUGCCAUGGGGUCCUGGGUCUUCUGCGCAUGUGCUGCGGAACAUCGUGGCGCUGAGUGGGCUGCGGGUGUUCUCUAAGCCCUGCCAGGCAGGGAUCGCUAAAGCAGCAGAGGCUGUCGGCGUGCCUCUUCACUCAGAAGCGCAGCAGUUCAUCGGUGACUUCAUCGCAUCCAUGGGAUCUGCUAUCCUGAGUGCGCCCCUCAAUCAGCUCUACAAUUUUGCGGUCACUUCCAAUGAGUUCAUGGCAUCUGGGAUGUUUCACAGGCUGACGCUCGCAAGACGCUUCUUAGUCGAUGCCUACAUCAUCUUCGAUUCGGAGGAUCACUGGACGGUGUCGCCGACGCUGGGCCGGGACCUCUUCAUGCGCUGCGCCUACAUCGCCACGCUCUAUGCACUCUUUGGGGCCAUCGAGCGCCUCUUCGUUGCCGUGUGGAAGCACUUCCACAAAUAA